CUGUUUCAGUUUAGCCUUCUACCUCGCCGUAUAGAGUGAGAUACCGGAGGCUUCGGAUCGCCGGUGAUGUCGAUGAUGGAGGACGUCGCGGCGGGGAGAUCUCCUGCGAUGCGCCCGCCGUGGAGCGACCUGGAGGGUAGGGUCGUGAUGGUCACCGGCGCCUCCUCUGGCAUUGGCCGCGAUUUUUGUGUCAAUCUCGCCAAGGCCGGCUGCCGGAUCGUCGCGGCCGCCCGGAGGACCGACCGACUGAGGUCCCUCUGCGAGGAGAUCAACGGCGGGUCGGGGUCGUCGUCGGCUUCGUUGGCUCGGCUGCCCUCCUCCGUCCGGGCGGUGGCAGUCGAGCUCGAUGUGAGCGCCGGAAGCGCCGCUAUCGAGGCCUCCGUGCAGAAGGCUUGGGAGGCAUUUGGUCGGAUCGAUGCCUUGGUGAAUAACGCCGGGGUCAGAGGUGGUGUAUAUUCUCCACUAGAUUGGUCUGAAGAGGAAUGGAAUCAUAUUAUCACAACUAAUUUGACUGGAUUGUGGCUGGUAUCCAAAUAUGUAUGCAGACAAAUGCGUGAUGCAAAACAGAAAGGUUCGGUAAUCAAUAUUUCAUCUAUCGGUGGUAUUAAUCGCGGACAGCUGCCUGGAGGAAUUGCCUAUACCGCAUCAAAAGCAGGUGUAAAUGCUAUUACUAAGGUUAUGGCCUUGGAGCUGGGAGUACAUAACAUUAGGGUCAACUCUAUAGCACCUGGACUGUUUAGUUCUGAGAUUACGGCAGGUCUUAUGCAGAGAAAAUGGCUCAAUGAUGUGGCUAAAAAGACUGUUCCACUACAGACAUAUGGAACAUCGGAUCCGGCAUUGACAUCACUUGUUCGUUAUCUGAUUCAUGAUUCAUCAGAGUAUGUGACGGGCAACAUUUUCAUUGUUGAUGCAGGUGUCACCCUACCUGGCAUUCCCAUUUUUUCUUCCCUUUGAUCUUUAAAUAAUGAUUCAUUGGAUUUGGGUCUAAAUAAGCUGGUAUACCUGUGGCGGAACUCCAUGGGUCUCUUAUGGUUAAUUUAAGCAUAUCAAUAUGUAGUCAGUUAACCAGUUUAUAGUGUAAUUGCAUGGCCAUAUCUAUAUUGAACGGGUAAUCAAAUUUAUGGUGUUACCAUUGCCCUCCUCUCUGACAGCAGGAUGAAAUUGCAGAUCUUAGUUUUAAA